GUAAUUGUUUAAGGUUUCCUUUCCAUUUUAAGAUUUGGAAGAAAGAGAGUAGUGAGUGGAAGAUCAGCUUUGUGCAUAGAUAGAUCGUGAUGACGACGGGUAGCCAAGCCUACGGAGAAGCAUGGUAUUGGGACAAUCGCUAUUCCAACGAACCUUCUCCCUUUGAUUGGUACCAAAAGUAUCUCACUUUGGCACCCAUCAUCCAACUCUAUGUCCCUUCCAACCACCCCAUCCUCGUUGUUGGUUCUGGCAACUCAGCCUUCAGCGAGAACAUGGUUGAUGACGGUGGUUACACUGAUGUUCUCAACAUUGAUAUAUCUUCCGUGGUGAUUGAAGCUAUGAAAAGAAAAUACCGAGAUAAGCCCCAAUUGAAAUAUAUGGAAAUGGAUGUUAGGGACAUGAGUGGUUUUCAAUCAGAGUCUUUUGGUGCUGUUAUUGACAAAGGAACUCUUGACUCUAUCUUGUGUGGAAAUAAUUCAAGGCAAAAUGCUACAAAAAUGCUUGGGGAAAUUUGGAGGGUCCUCAAGGAUAAAGGAGUUUAUGUUCUGGUGACAUAUGGAGCUCCAGUACAUCGCCUACGCUUGCUAAGGGAUUCAUGCUCGUGGACAAUAAAACUUCAUGUGAUAGAGAAACUUGCUUCGGAAGAAAAUUCUGAUAAUCCAGUUUGGGAGCUGACAAGACCUGUUCCACUUAAUGAUGAUGGAAGCUCUGUGGAGGAAGCCCUGGGACCGAAUCCUGAUGUGCAUUACAUAUAUAUUUGCACAAAGGAAAUAUCGGCAAACUCAAACAUAAAUGCAUGACUGGGCUGUUACUUUAGCGAGGAAGGCACUAUUUUCACUCGCUACAAAUUAUGUUACUACUCUUUUACUGUAGUUGAUCCUAGAACUUGUAAUGUUAAGUCCACAAGCUUUUCUUUAGAACAAUACGUAUUAUGAUUUUCUCUAUGUGUGAUCUGUAGACAAAAGCAUUUCUUUAAUUUUAAAUUUG